GAAAAAUAUUUUCUGCGUUCUGCAAACAAAGGAGAUUAUUUACCAUGUGCCGCUGGUUUGCUGCUGUUCACUUCUUUCUUUGUGCAGGUCAAUUUUAAAUUCUCUAAUAUAAACCUUCCAUGACUUCUAUUCUCUUGCCUGUUUUUGUUUUUUUAUUCCUCACGGCAGGACAACUCAAUGUCACUGAUAUCUCUUGUUUACUUUUUAGCUUCAGCUGCAGCUCCACAAUAUAAAUGCACAAUUGAUGUAUGUUCUGUAAUUACAUCUAUUGAAGUCUCUUCUCGGCUUACGUAACUGUUGUUUUGUUCUGCUUUUCACGCAACACAGUCCUUAAAAGCUUAAAUGCAUGCCCUCAGGAUGGGAAGAAGGCAAACAGCCAUGUCUGCCCUGAGGACUCUAGCUUUUCUAGCUUUAUUUGCUGUUUCCAGCAGUAAGACUUCAGACUGCUCAUACGUUGGUCUUCUGACACAUUUGAACCUGACGACAACUAAUGAUCUUCUAGCAACCAUGCGACCCGUGAAAGACUGGACUACACCCACCCUCGUUCAGCUGGACAUGUUGUUGUAUGGCAUUUUAGAAGUGGAUGAGAAGACUCAGACGGUCACCACUCACAUCUGGGUCGAAAUGCGUUGGACAAAUGAAUACCUAACUUGGAAUCCAAACGACUUCUGUAGGAUUAAUAUGCUGACUGUUCCACGAUCGACGCUGUGGUUGCCAGAUGUAGAAAUCCUAGAGGAUGCCUCUGAUACUAGCAGUAUUCACAGAAGUUCAGUCGUCAAUUUGUAUCCCAACGGUUCGGUGACGGGAACCGCACGAGAGCGGCUGACCUCCACCUGUCAGCUGAAUCUCAUCAUGUUCCCCUUCGAUACGCAAGAGUGUAACAUCACAUUUUCAUCCAUGACCUCAGAUGGCAACGCUAUACAACUGGGGACAGUCAACACUGACGAAGCCCUUACCUACAUCUCGGAGCAGUUCAUGGUUACAAAGGGAGAAUGGGAACUCGUCAAAAUGGAAAUUGUUUCAUUUAAUUAUUUCAAAACAACUCUUAAGAAACAGAAACUAACAUACAAGGUCAUAAUCUCAAGGAAGCCGAUGCUUUAUGUGAUUAAUUUAAUCAUUCCGCUGCUCUAUUUUCUGAUCCUGGAUUUGGCCUCCUUCUUCAUCAGUGAGGCCAGAGGUGAAAAGCUGGGCUUCAAAGUGACGUUACUCCUGUCCAUCUCCGUCAUGCUGCUGAUUCUUAAGGACAUUUUGCCCUCCACUGAAAAGAAGCUGCCAUGGAUUGCCAGCUACUGCCUUGCGAUCUUCACCAUUGUGGGGUUAAGCGUCCUGGAGGCCAUGCUGGUGGGCUACCUAUACAACCUCGAUGGUUGCGGCUCUAUGACGGCUCAAAGCCCUGCUGACGCCCAAGUGGAUAUCCUAGUGAAAGACGACAAUCACAAAGAGCCUGCUGGAGCAAUAGAGAUUCCUGAGAAAAGUUCCCUUCCUCUGGAUGGGCUCAAUUGUUGUGACCUGCUGAAACUGAUGAAGGUGAAGGCAGCUCGACAGGAAGUUGAAGAACAAAACAAAGACCAGAGAAAGCCAGGACGCUACAGAAGAGCGGCUGUAAUCAUAGACAGUGUUUACUUUGCCCUCUAUUUUUUAACUGAUUUGGUUUUUUUGUUAUACAUGAAUGCAGAAUGGUUUUCAGCGAUAUAUACAUAAUGAUAAGAAGUAGUUGAUGUGUGCAUAAUCUGCCAUUGCAUGCUCUUAAAUCUGACUUUAAAGAUUUUUUUAAACGUAUAUUAUUAUCACCAUUUCGAACCUUUAAAUGAUUGAUCUUCAAUGUUGGUGCUCUUUAAAUAUACUACUUUUUAUUCUUUUUUUAAGUGGUGCAAUGAACCAGUUAAGUUUUCAGACAUGAAUUUACAGCCUAUUCAAAAUAUAGACUAUGAAAAUGAUUGUAUGUACAGCAUCUGAAUUCAUAUGAAUAGUGAACUAUGUGUUACUUAACUAAAAUGUAACUACAUUUUGUAGAAGCUUGCUGGUAGUUCAACCACAUUCUUAUUCAGAGAGCGAUUCAAGAAGUUAAAGGGGACCUAUCAUGCAAAAUGCACUUUUGUACGUCUUUUAUACAUGAAUAUGUGUCCCCGGUGU